UCAAUAUCCGCGUCUACGGUGGCCUACGUGACAAACGGCGAACAUUCGAAUUUGGCACGUCCUUAGUAGAUGUCGCUAAUGGUCGCGAAAGCGAUGCGAGCGUCAUCUCACUGCGCAUACAGCGACGACGCUGCGCGGCUCAUCCGCUACUGCAUCCAAAGCCCGUGUGUGUGUUGUGUCGAAAACCGUGCGCGUUUAUUUCGAUCGGCGGGGGCUUCUCUUCUCGCGGACGAUGCUACUGAUACAGGAGAGGUGAUCGUACAUCGGGCGUGUCAAUAUUAAAUUCAGCAAUGGCCAAUAAUUCAAGAGGAAUACCUCGCAUACAGGUCUUUCGACCGACGUACGAAGAAUUUAAAAAUUUCUCGAAAUAUGUGGAAUAUAUGGAGAGUCAGGGAGCUCAUAAAGCUGGCUUGGCAAAAGUGAUACCGCCACCAGAAUGGGUCCCGAGGAAAGAAGGCUACAACAUAGAUGCUCUAGAUCUCACUAUUCCAGCGCCAAUCUGUCAAGUUGUCACAGGAAAGCAAGGUCUUUAUCAACAGAUUAAUAUUCAAAAGAAAUUAAUGACCAUCCAAGAAUAUAGUAAAUUGGCCAAUUCCGAACGUUAUGCCACUCCUCGGCACUUUGAUUACGAGGAUUUGGAGAGGAAAUAUUGGAAGAACAUAACGUAUGUCGCGCCAAUAUACGGUGCAGAUGUAUCUGGUUCUUUGACCGAUCCGGAUGUAAAGGAGUGGAAUAUAAAUCAUUUGGGAACGAUUCUGGAUUAUGUUAACAAAGAUUAUGGUAUAUCUAUAGAUGGUGUCAAUACAGCUUAUUUGUAUUUUGGAAUGUGGAAAACUACAUUUGCCUGGCACACGGAGGAUAUGGAUCUUUAUUCUAUAAAUUAUCUUCAUUUUGGUGCACCCAAAACAUGGUACGCCAUACCUCCGGAACAUGGACGUAGAUUGGAGAGAUUAGCUAGUGGCUUUUUCCCUUCGAGUUAUCAGAGUUGCCAAGCCUUUUUGCGCCACAAAAUGUCUCUGAUAUCACCUCAAAUAUUAAGACAAUAUUCUAUCCCAUGUAACAAGAUAACGCAAGAAGCUGGAGAAAUAAUGAUUACAUUUCCAUAUGGUUAUCAUGCUGGUUUUAAUCAUGGAUUUAAUUGCGCCGAAUCCACCAAUUUUGCAACACCUAGAUGGGUAGAAUAUGGGAAGAGAGCUACACAGUGUUCUUGUAGUAAAGAUAUGGUCAAAAUAUCUAUGGAUACCUUUGUCAAACGCUUUCAACCAGAGAGGUAUGAUUUAUGGCUGCGCGGUGAAGAUGUUGGUCCCCAUCCUGAGGAUCCUAGACAAACUGCUGCACCAAUGCCGUCACAAAUGGAUUUAUUGUGUAACAACAGUAGCAACGGUCAAUUACCGGAGAGCUAUCUGAAUGCCACGCCAAAAAAUAAGCGUCAUAUGAUUCAUAAGAAAAAGAUUAUAGGCACGAAUCCUGUUGUUAAUAUGGAAGAACUGGUGAAUCGUGCGGAUAUUCCCCCCGAUAUUAAAAAGGCUUUGCAAGAUCUCGAAUUUGAAGAAAUGGAGGAACCAAUAGAUGAGCCGGAUGAACAGCAAUUGCAGGUUCUAGAAGAUAUCUGGUUAAAAGCAGGAGAAAUGGAUGUUGAUGAGGCAUCUGUAUAUGAUGAUGGUUACAAUCGUAAAAAGAGCAAAAAGAAGAAGAGAAAGCAAAGUGGAAGUAGAGAAAAAAAAUUGAAGACUGAAUCAAAAUCUAAAAAAGAAACCAACAAAGUUAUUGAUAUACAGAAUAUGGAAGUGGUUAAAGUUGAAAUAAAAACUGAAGUUGAUGAUAUAAGUUCUUUUGAAGAUAUAUCUCAGGAAAAUAGCGACGAAAUUCCUGUGAUUCAAGGAAGUUACAAUGAUAAUAUUAUAAUAGAAAAUGAUCCUGUAGAAGAUCCUCUUAAGAUAGAUUUUUCAGAAGUUGACAAGUCUACUAAAAGGAGAAAAAAGCAUAUGAAUCACAGUGGGCAGAAGAAAAUAAAAUUGAAACAUGCGUCCAAAAGUAAAUCCAGACAUAAUAAUACAUCACUCUAUACUUAUUCAUCGACUGUAGAUGGUUUAAAUGAUAAACAAUAUAGAGAUAUGGCACAAGCUGAUCUUCAUAGCAUUCAUAUUGUAAAAGAUAAAUCGAACAAUCAAGGAAAAAUCAACACAUUGCCUGGAAAUAUUAUUUCACUUGGUAAUGAGGUCAGUAUGACAAAUAUAAAGGAUAAAACUACCAUAAAUAUAACAAACAGUGGUCAAAUGACAAAUUUUGGCUGUAGCAAUGACAAAGACACAGAAAUAUUAAUGAAUAAUACAGUGAGAGAUAGAGCGACAAGUAGUUUAUUGAAAGAUAUCGAAAAUGACAUUUGCAAAACAGUAUGCCCUAAUAUGAAUAGAAAUCAUGACGUUAUAGUACAAAAAAUUUCUGAAUAUCAAAAUGAAAGUACAAAUGUUACUCAUACGAAACAGGAUGCAUAUGCAAAGUUCAAAAUUGCAGCAAUGUCUACAGAACAUGGAUCGAUAAAAAAUAAGAAUCUAAUAAAAGCGCCUCGAUUAAGUAUACCGUUACAACAUCAGUUACAUAUACGAUCGAGAAUUUCACAGCCUGAAAAUGUUGCUAUAAGUCAAAAAAGUUCAUUGCACUCGGCUGUGAAUAUGAAUGCAUCAAAUAUUAUACUUUUGCCAGAAUCGAAACCUGCUACCUCACCUGUAAAUAUAAUGUAUCCAAAUACUACUUUCCAUCACUCCAAUCCUCCAGUUUUGCAGAAUGAGUUAGAAGUACCACACAUUGGAAAUGAUAAUACACCUAAAAGUAUACCGCAAUUAGAAGAUUUUUCACACCAGCUUCCACCUGGUACUGCCAUUGCUCCAAUUUCUGCUUCAGAAGGCAAAUCUUUGAUGUUCAACAAUAAUCUCUUUGUGAAAUCUCCAUUGUUUAAUCCACACAGCAAUUUGAAAAGACCAUCUACGACGGAUAAAUCCAAAGAAUCGGCAAAGUUAUUCUGGAAAAACUAUCCGUAUAUUUGUCAUUCGGGAGACGGUUCUCCCCCAGCUCAACAGUCUACUGGCGUCACAGUGAAUAAAAGCGGUUUCAUCCAAAUACAAAAGACACCCGUAUUACCACAGAUAAAUACAUUUACAUCGCCACAUCGCUCUCCCAUGUGUAAUUAUUCUCAAAUCGCGGCUAAUAGCAUAACAUAUUUGCAAAAUGCAACUGCCGCAAAUUCUGCAUACGCAACUGUUCCAAACAGUUCGAAACAAAUUAUUACCAAAAAUGCAUCGCGCCAAAAGUCGCAAAAGGGGCAAACAUCACGUAAAAAGUCAUCUUCGAAGAGUGGCAAAUCGAACCACAACACAUUUAUAAAUACGUCUCGAACAAAUAUCGCGAGUACCUCUAUCGGAACGCAAGUUAACCAUCCUAUCGAUGUGUCUGCAUUAACCUGUAAUGUGUCUAAUGCGGACGACGUUCUAUCGCGAUUUAUGAAUGCACAAGUCAUACAUCCAAAUGUGCAUUCCUCGAUUGAAAAGAAAUCAGUUAUAAAUGAUCUUACGCAUUCUAACGAAAACGAAGAUAUAUCAAGCUCAAAUAUCUCGGAUAAUAAAGCGCAGUUACAAGGUUUGAUAAAGACAGCAGUUAAUACCCAUCCGCAUUUAUCUCCAUCUAAUGUGAAACAAAAACAAAUAUCUAUUUUGAGAAAGAAGCCUAAAGAAAAGUUAAAGAAAUCUACAACGAGGAAAAAACAAACUAUUGUUCCUACAAUUGAAGUUACAAGAGAUCAAUCAACCGACGCAAUAUCAACGCAAUCUACCGAUGUGUCGCAAUGCAGUGGUAAUUCUCAAUCAAUUAUGUCGAUGAUACCAGGACACAUUUCAGAGAUGAUUUACCCGAAUGUACCAAAUAAUGAUCUGUUGAGAGCGUUCAAUAAUUAUUGGAGCGCUCAAGUUUCUCAUUGUGCAAUAUGCGCCACUUUUGCCUCGUGUACGAGCGGAAGCAGCAGGGUAAUGCCACCUGAUUGGAGGUAUUGCCAAUCGACGACGUUACCUGAAAGCACGCCGAUAUGGGUGUCUGCCAGUAUUUUUGCGGCCAAUUCCAAGGAACAGGCUGUGGAGCCGGAAAACAAUAAACUUUUACGAUGUAGGGAGUGCCACGUGACUGUUCAUGCAUCCUGUUAUGGUAUAACUAUAUUACCUACGGAUAUCCGAAAUUGGGCCUGCGACAGAUGUAAAGCCGGUAGAAACGAUGUGAUGUGUUGUUUGUGCCCAAUGUUCGGCGGUCCUUUAAAACGCACUAGCGAUAGUCGAUGGGCACAUAUCUUGUGCACGCUUAUGGUACCAGGAGCCACUUUCAAAGAUGCCAUUAAUAAAGAUCCCAUUAACGUGUUAACAAUUAUGGAGGACUCGUGUCACAAGAAAUGUUGCUUUUGCGGAUUGGAUGGUGGAGCGUGCCUGAAAUGUAAUCAAUGUAUUAACGUGUUUCAUCCAUCUUGUGGUCUCGCAGCGGGUGCCACAUUUAUCAUACCAGUAUACAACUCACAGGAACUUCAGGUAACGUGUAACGGGCACAACGAAGGCAAGGAAAAAAUACCGCAGAUACGACAGGGUGAAGUCGUUUGGGCAAAACAUCGAAACUCCAGAUAUUAUCAAGCCAAAGUCGAGUCUAUUCAGGAUAUUCUUUUUUACAUGGUUACAUUUAACGAUAACAGCUUCAGUGAUGAUUUGUAUCCCUCUGACAUAAUCAAUUAUGAUCCUGGAAAUACACCGCCACUUGGUGCCGCAGUGACUGUAAAUUGGACAGAUGGACAAACAUAUGAUGGUAUCUUCGAAGGUACAAAUCAUCGGAUAAUGUUUACUGUGAUUUUCGAGGACGGUUCGCAACUCGUUUUAAGACGCAACGACAUUCACAGUUUACAAGAAGAUAUGCCAAAAAGAGUGCGUUCUCGUUUGUCUGUUGCGACUGAAAUGAAACACCGAUCUCAUCUUUAUGGUACAGAAGAUGAAACGGAGGCGCAAAGAAAAGUGAAACAUACAGUGAGAACUUACGAUUGAGGAGAGAUAUAAAUUUUAAAUCUAAAUAAUUAUUAAGUUAUUAAAGACAGUAUAUAGAAUCCUAUAUUGUAAAUAGUAGGCAUAAAAAUUAUAUUUUGUAAUUGUAACUUUUUGUGUGUCUUCUCCUUAAUAACUUAACUUAAAUUUUCAUCAAGUAUAAAAAUUCUACUUUUUUCUUAUAUAUUUAAUCAUUUUUGUUUUAAUUAAUUAAUGUUUUCAACAAAAAUUAUAUGUCUUAUUCAUGUUAAAUUAUUAAUUUGCAGUAUUGUGCCUAUAAUUGUGAGAUAUAUUCCAUAUACAAAUUAGACUAUUAAUAUUAUUAGUAUUAUUUAUGUAUGUACACAUAAUAUAGGGUACGGCGGGAUUAUUUGAAUAGAAUAAAAUUAAUUUUCAUUGUUUUUUGCAAUUUUAUAGCGCCACUAAAUAAAGCAUAAACAUUUGAAAGACUUUUCAUCGCAUCGCUCAAACAAAUAAUACAGCAUCUCUCCAAACACGUGCGUUAAAUUUUAAUAUUCAAUAAAAUGCUUCACUAUCCAAAUUGCCUCGCUGUACUCUAUUUACAUAACUGCUGUUUCGACGGCAUCAAUGAAAGAUAUUUAAGUAUUGCAGUUUGGACAAAAUCUUUUCGGCCUGCUUCGGAAGCUAAUUUGUACUUACAAAAAGUGUAUUGUUUUAAAAAAAUAAUAAAAAAAUAAUUUUUGGGACAUAAA